GGAGACACAUACACGUCCCUCCGACAACAUUUACACUUUAUUUAAGCUUGUAGGAACAAGUCGGUGUCGGUACGGAGUUUUUAGCUUCCACAAUGUUAGUUUUGGGCGAGAAUUACAUGAGAAAUGUUUUAAUGCUCGGGGAGCGGAAGUGAGAAAAGGGGGAAGUUGUCUGGGGUUAAAGGAGAAAUAAACCCAUAAAAGUGUUUUUUUUAAUUUUAAGUCAAGCUGAAGUUACUUUUUUAUCUGGAGAAGGGUGGACAUUAGUGUUUUGGGAAGAUAUGGACACCCACGUGAAGGAGGGACAACUUUAUGUGCAGCACCAGAAGUUUGGGAAGAAAUGGAAGAAGAACUGGUUCGUGCUCUACCCAGCGAGCCAGAACGGAAUAGCCCGCCUGGAGUUCUACGACGCGCCUUCGGGCGGAGGGGGUACCGUUGGAGGCUCGGGAAGUGGCUCGAACGAGAAAACCAGGAAGCUGGACAAGAAGAUCAUCCGCUUGUCGGAGUGCAUCUCCAUUCUGCCCGCCCUGACGGAGAGCUGCCCCAAAGAAAACAUGUCAGCGUUCUGCGUGGAGACCAACGACAAGACGCACGUGUUCGCUGCAGAGAAGAGCACCGCCAAGGACUGGAUGGACACCAUGUGUGACAUCGCAUUUCAGGGGGGGAGCGGGAGCAGCAGCACUAGUGCAGACUCCAACGGAGGACCCCAGGACAUGCAGAUGUCUGAAAACCUCAUCUACUACUCCAGAGAGGAGGUUAAUGACUUCUGGGUGACCGUUCAGCGGACCGAGGCGUCGGAGCGCUGCGGGCUCACAGGCAGCUACUGGCUGAAAGCUGAAAGCGACAUCUUGGUCCUGAAGGAGCCGAAGACGAAGAGGAAGGUCUUAGUGUGGCCCUACAAGCUGCUGAGAAGAUAUGGGAGGGACCGGGUGAUGUUUUCCUUCGAAGCCGGCCGCCGCUGUGACUCGGGGCCGGGCAAUUUCACUUUUGAGACCAAGCAAGGGAACGAGAUCUUCCUGCUGGUAGACCAGGCCAUCCAGUCGCAGAAGGCUCUGGCCGAGGAGCACCGCCUCAGCUGCAGCAUCGCCUCUGACCCCGACUGCCCCCCGUCGCUGCAGCACAUACGCAACGCCGUGGGCAGCGCCAUGGCGGCGGGGAGCGGCGGCGACAGCAGCAGCUGCAGCAGCCGGGAGGCAGACGGUGAUUCAGGAGGCAGCAAACCGGGCUCCGCCGACGGCGUGCUCGGUAAGAGGGAGGGAGGAGACGGAGGAGGAGGAGGAGCAGGAGGAGCAGGAGGAAGGGGGCAAGGAGCUGGAGCAGGACACAAAGGGAGGAGUUUACCCGAACCUCCAGCAAUGUUGGGGGUUAUGGCGGGGGGAACACCUCCGAGGUCUCCCCGGGGGCAGUCUGGGAAGGCUGCGUCUUCCCCUGACGAACUCGCCGGUCUUUACUCGGAGCCGGUGGAUUCGGUCCGCCUGCCUCUGCAGAACGCCGACUGCCUCUACUCUGACCCGGUGGACAGCAUCAAGGGUCAGACCCCCACCAGCAACCCAUGCAACCCCCCGGUGCCCACGCCACGCCUUCGACCGGUGGGGGACGACACCUCCGGAGGCGGUGGAGGGGAUCACCAGCAGCCGGGGGGCCUGUACUCGCACGUCUACGACUGCAUCAGCGGGCUGAGCCUCAACGGGGCUGCAGCGGGAGGAAGAGGAGCAGGAAGAGGGGCCAACGCUACCAAGAGACCCCCGGGAGGCCAGGCGGAGGGGGCUUCGUCCCCCCCGGUCCUUUGCAUGGAGCACAUCUACGACGAACCCGAGGGUCGAGCUACCGGGACCGCGGGCUUACCGAGUAGCUUAAGCAUGAGUCUGUACGACGAGGCCCGGCUGGAGCUGCUCAGCCAGAGGAGGCAGGAGGACGUGACGACCCCGCCGGGACCGGAGGGGAACCCCAGCGGCUCCCCGCAGGGGAAGCCGUCCGAACCUCAAAGACACAUGCAGCACGGCCCGGGUCGCGGCACGCAGCACCCGCCAGCGCCCAAGUGGCCCAAGCCCGUCACCGCUCCCAAGCCCGGCAAGGGGGCGUUUCCUCGCAAGGACCCCCUGCCGUUGCCCCCCGGGAGACACGGCAGUAACAUCAACAACAACAACAACAUGUGGGGCAGUGGAGGAGGGGGGAGGGAGCUGUACAGCAAGGUGUUGAAGCACAAGCCCCAACCUGGUAGCAAGUGGUGCAGCCAGAACCACCCGGCGCCACUAAAGUCGCCUGACAUCAUUUACGACAACCUGGGAGAUAUUUGACUUUCUUCUCUUUGGACGAGGACUAAAGGAACACCCGAGCGUGGAGAGAGCUGAGCACCGAGCGCCGCUGCCUCCCUGCGUGCCUGCGGGAUGGCCGGGCGAUGUUAGCGCUUUCUAAUCUCACAUUUAUUCCAUCUGUGGACUGCAGUAAUUGUUUUAGACGGCCUGUUCACUCGGAGCUCGGAGGGAAACCCACAUCGUGACUGCGCUCUGAAACACGGAGCUAUUGUCGGGCCACCCUGCGCGUAUGUGUGCACAUGCCCGUGUGUUUUACAGAGGCAGAGUGUUUGCUUGCGUGGUCAGACCCAUAACCAGCGCCUGAAGCCACAGCGCGGUCGGAGCCGGCCACUUUACUUGAACCCACUCGCCAACACAGAAACCAUAUGAAUUCACCAGCUGGAUCUGGGCCUGCAGCCCUGGCUCUAACAGGCUGCUGCAGCGGCUUGGCUCGCCGUGUCCGUGAAAGGGCACUGUGCUCGUGAAGUGACUGGGAAACAGGUUUUUUUUUUCUUUUUCUUUUGCACUGCUGCUUUUCUGUGCCCUAUGAAAGCCAGAGGACAUUGUUUUAACAGGACUGGAGCAGCUUUUGAGACUUGGACCUCAAAGAGGAGCCCACAUUUUUUCUCUUUUGUGUUUUCUGGACUUGCAUAUUACCUGAAAUCCAGCUGAGACGGGAACUUUUUUUAUUCAGCCCGGGACACUAAAAUACGACAAGGCUGCACGUGAUGGAGCCACUCUGUGAAAGUGUCAGCACUGUUUUGGUGCAAGCGUGAGAAGUGGGAUCUUAGGAGAACAGAGACGCACACGGGGAACGUGAUCCCACAAUCAAUAUUCUGCACAACUGUUUUUCUUGAAUCCUGAAUGUUUUUAUGUAUAGAUUAACUAAAUGUAAAACUAAUCGAUCCUCAGAAAUGUAUCAGUGUGUCUGUAUAUGUGUGUCGGAAACAGCUGUGCUGUCUGUAAUAAUAAAAC